GCCGUACGCAGCUACACUGGGAACUCUUUUUCUGGAUCAGAUUUCCAUUGUGUGAGGCCUAAUCGAAAAAUCUCGAUAUUAUACCUAAGCUCCCCGGUUUUGAGAACUUCUCAAGACACCAUCUUAUCUGCCAAGGUUGACGUACGUCUCAAAAAGCUUCGUUUGUCACUUUAA